AAUCGUUUCCAAUCGCAUCUGAAAAACGUUUUUAAAACAGUUGUUUACCAGCAAUCUGCGGUAUACGAACGAACAAUCGUUGUCCAUAUUUCGCCGGUCGGAACAAAAAAAUUCAGUGAACACAAAGAAGUAAAAAUUCAUUCUUGUAUCGGCAAAUGUGGACAGCGUAAGAAAAAAUCAUGGCAAAGGGCAUUCUGAGUCUCCAUUAUUCCAGGAAGCAAAUCAACAAUGUUACCUACUUACUAACAAAUUGGCAGAAAGUUCAAAAAGCUAAAUCAUACACAGAACAUGCUGGUAAACGGUAUUUUUCUACUGGGAAACGGUCAAAUAAGGAAGCGACCGAGGUUAAGGGAACUCCAUAUAACAAAUUAACCAUCGGAGUACCAAAGGAGGUGUGGAAGAAUGAGAAAAGAGUGUCAAUUACUCCAGCUGUAGCACACACGUUAACGAAGAAAGGAUUCACUGUGAAUAUCGAAGAAGAUGCUGGAAUAUUGUCUAAAUUUAGAAAUAAGGAUUACGAACAUGCUGGCGCUAAGAUCGUCGACAACCAAAACGUUUUCGCAACUGAUAUUAUUUUAAAAGUCAGACAACCCUUAGAUCCAGAAGUUAUAAAAUUUAGGGAAAACUCAACACUCAUUUCGUUUCUGUAUCCAGGGUUGAAUAAAGAUCUGGUAAAUAAUUUAGCCGAAAGAAAGAUUAGUGCUUUUGCUAUGGACUGUAUACCUCGAAUAUCAAGAGCCCAAGUGUUUGAUGCAUUGAGUUCAAUGGCAAACAUAUCCGGAUACAGAGCAGUGGUGGAGGCAGCAAAUCAUUUUCCACGAUUCUUGUCAGGUCAAAUAACGGCCGCGGGAAAAGUUCCCCCAGCAAAAGUUUUGGUAAUUGGUGGUGGAGUAGCAGGUUUAGCUGCCAUAGGACAAGCUAAAAGUAUGGGAGCAAUUGUAAGAGCCUUCGACACUAGAGCAGCUGUGAAGGAACAGGUUGAGUCUUUGGGAGCGGAGUUUUUGACUGUCAGCAUUCAGGAAGAAGGAGGUACUGCCGGUGGUUAUAGUAAAGAAAUGUCUAAAGAAUUUAUUGAUGCAGAACAUGCACUGUUUGCAAAACAGUGUAAGGAUGUCGAUAUUAUCAUUUCCACUGCGUUGAUACCUGGAAGGAAGGCACCCAUUUUGGUAUUAAAAGAACACAUUGAAUCGAUGAAGCCAGGUAGCGUAGUAGUGGAUCUAGCAGCCGAAGCAGGUGGUAAUAUUGAAACAACUAAACCAGGAGAAAUAUACACGUACAAAGAUGUCGUCCAUGUUGGUUUAACAGAUUUUCCGAGCAUGCUUCCAACGCAAAGCUCCACGCUGUAUGCCAACAAUAUCUCCAAAUUUUUGCUAUCGAUGGGAGAAAAAGAUCACUUCAAUGUAAAUCUGGAAGACGAAGUUAUACGUGGAAGUAUAAUUUUAGAUAAGGGAAAACUCAUGUGGCCACCACCACCUCCACAAACUCAACCGACACCUGCUGCAGCCCCGAAACAAGAAUUGGAAGCUGUGAAGGCUGUACCUAAAGAAAUUUCUCCUUUCAAAGCUGACUUAAAUAAAUCACUGGCUCUCACAACCGGUAUUGGCUCGAUCUUAGGUCUAGGAAUGGUUUCCCCUAAGCCUGAGUUUACAGCUAUGUUGUCAGUACUCGGACUCUCGGGCAUAGUUGGCUAUCACACAGUGUGGGGUGUUACUCCAGCGUUGCAUUCGCCUUUAAUGUCCGUUACGAACGCCAUUUCCGGAAUCACAGCUGUAGGAGGAUUACUUUUGAUGAAUGGAGGAUAUUAUCCUACAAAUUCGGUUGAGAUUGGGGUUACUGGAGGAAUAGCAGCUACUUUAGGUCAACUUUCACCAACCAACGAAGUACUAGCCCAAAUGGCCGCCUGUCUGGUAGCAGGUGGUGGUAUUGGUACUGUAAUAGCCAAGAGAAUCCAAAUUUCCGACCUGCCACAACUUGUUGCGGCUUUCCAUAGCGGCUCAUUAGUGGCUUACGGAAAACUACAAGGUCUUCUGAAAUCAAACGCCUUGCUGCUACCUGGUCGACAUGCUUUGAACAGCGGUCUUCUCUUAGCUAAUAUUGCCGCAGGCGGCUACUUGUUCUAUGAUCCUACCAUGGCUGGAGGUCUAGGAGCUCUUGGAACCACAGCUGCUUUAUCUUCAGUUAUGGGUCUCACAUUAACUGCUGCUAUUGGAGGUGCACUUAUCGGCUCUUCUGGUGCCAUUUUAUCCUACAUUAUGUGUAAAGCAAUGAACAGAUCUCUAGCAAAUGUUAUUUUGGGAGGUUACGGCACUUCAAGCACAGGUACUGGCAAACCAAUGGAAAUAACUGGAACUCACACUGAAAUCAACAUCGAUUCUGCUGUAGAAGCUAUUAAAAAUGCCAGAAAUAUAAUUAUUGUACCUGGAUAUGGACUUUGUGUAGCCAAAGCACAAUAUCCAAUUGCUGAAAUGGUUAGCAAAUUGAAAGCAGCCGGAAAGCACGUUAGAUUUGCUAUUCAUCCUGUUGCAGGUAGGAUGCCGGGACAGCUUAAUGUUCUUUUAGCUGAAGCAGGUGUUCCAUACGAUGAUGUACUAGAAAUGGACGAAAUCAAUGAUGAGUUUCCAGAAACUGAUCUAGUGUUGGUAAUUGGAGCUAACGACACAGUGAACAGUGCAGCUUUGGAAGAUCCGAACUCACCCAUCGCUGGUAUGCCUGUAUUAAACGUUUGGAAUGCAGAACAUGUCAUCGUGAUGAAGAGGUCACUAGGUGUAGGUUAUGCCGCUGUGGACAACCCAGUUUUCUACAAACCAAACACUUCAAUGCUGCUCGGUGACGCUAAGAAGACUUGUGAUCAGUUAUUAGCCAAAGUUACAGCAGAAUAGGUUCAUAGUUUUAAUUUUUAGGCAUUAAUUUUGUACAUAACUUCAUUGGAACAUUGAACAGUAUUAUAGCAGGGUGGAUGUCAAACUUUGUGGGACCUUGUGCCAAAAAUAUUUAGAUUAUAAAUAUUUGCAAUUUUCCUAAAUAUAAAGGUGUAUGGAUAGGUAUUUUAUCAAAAAUAAUACUGAAAAUAAUAAAAGGAAGACCUUACUUAAUAUUACCAAAUUUUGCAAUUGACACAAGUUUUAAAAUUUGAAGGUUUGUGUCAACUUCACUCAUUAUAUCUUUUAUAUUGAAAUCUAUGAUAUAUUACUGUAUAUAAGUACCUAAUCUGAUUUGUUGCUUGUUCAUCCUGUAUCAUAUUUCAUUCAUUGUAAAAUUUGAAUAUAAUUUUAUAUAGAAAAUGUCUGUAAUAGAGUAUGUUUACGAGCGCCAUCUUGUAUUACUAUUGACAACUUUUGUAUCAGUAUUUAAAGUGUACUGCAUUUAAUAGUAGAAUGAUUAUCAUUCAUACUUCUGGUGUUACUGAACAAUUCUUAACACAUUUUCAAAUCUUUAUACCAUCAUAACAUAUUUAAAAGCUGUUUAAUGUUACAUUUUACUAAGAUCGAUAAAAAAGUGAUAUUUUUUAGACUUUUUUGCAAUAAAUGUCCAUAUUUGUAAAUAAAUGUGAAAAAACUUUGUGUACUUCAAAUAAUAAUGGAGAAGAAUAGUCUGAGUGUCGCUAUCACAUCAUGUCUGAUAUUAGUUUAUUUCUCAGGAACCAAAAGUAUUUUUUCACAGCUUUUUGUUUUUAAUUUGCAUUUUAUUUGUUUUUUUUUGCGAUAUUUCGAGUAAUAAGUAUUUUUAUGUUACAUUUAGUAUAAAUUGCAUGCCAUUCAAUUCUUUCAUUGUAAUUUUAUCAUAUUUGAUCUAAUAAUGAUUUUUUGUGAAUAUAUUAUUUCUACAUUUUAGAGCAAUAAAGAUUUUAGUAU